CAUGGUUGAAGUCGAGGUGUUGGGAAUAGCGUUGUAAUUGCGAAUGUCAUAAUCAGGGGUAAGCGUAGAUAAGCUUAUCAGCGACGCUGUCGAGCGUCUUUGACCACCACCAUUCUCACUUUCAAACAACAAAAUGUGACCAUGAAUCGCCAAGAUGAGUGCCAAUCCGCCUGGAAGGGCCCAUUUGGGCGAGAUCGAAUUAGACAUUGAGAUCGCCGGCCUUGAGCACCAGCUAGCCCAAGCCAAAGCCAAGCGUCAACAACUCACUUCUCACUCUCAUCCACCACUGUUAAAACCUUUUUCGUCGACUCUGACCUCCCCGAACCACUUCCUCCUCCUCCUCUCCGACUCCGCUCUCCCUCUCGGAAGCUUCGCCUUCUCCUCGGGACUCGAAAGCUACCUCGCCCACCAGAAAUCCGUCUUUUACCAGCCCGCCUCCUUCGCCGCCUUCUUGCCGCUGUCCAUCUCUUCCUAUGCCUCCACCACCCUCCCCUUUGUCCUCGCCGCGCACCGCGACCCGUCCCUGCCGAACCUGGCUGCGCUCGACGACGUCCUGGACGCGAGCAUCGUGUGCACGGUCGGGAGGAGGGCGUCGGUCGCGCAGGGGAGGGCGCUGCUUUCGAUCUGGGAGAGGUCGUUUGCCGAGUGUGUGGCCGCCGGGGGUGGUGGUGGUGGUGGUGGUGAUGAGGAUGAUAGGGGAGGGGCGGAAGCACUGAGGGGGUUUUCUGUGCUCCUGCGAAAAUCCACUGCCACGACGGCUGGCUCAUCCUCAUCUGCACAGAGAGAACCAGUAGUAGUAUACGGGAGAGGAAAAGCAGCAGGAGGAUGCGGGGACGACCCGCCGGCGGUCGCAGCGCACCUGGCGCCGCUAUUCGGCGUCAUCUGUGCGCUGGUCGGGCUCGGGCUGGAACAGGCUGCAUACGUGUUCAUGCUGGGCCACGUCAAGGCGCUCGUGUCCGCGGCCGUGCGGGCGGGCAUGUUUGGACCGUACCAGGCGCAAAAGACGCUGGCGAGCGAGACGGUGCAGGGCCUGAUCACGGCCAUGAUCGAGCGCGAGUGGCAUACCAGAGUCGAGGAGGCCGGGCAGAACCUGCCGGUCAUGGAUCUGUGGGUGGGGAGGCAUGAGGCUUUGUACUCGAGGAUAUUCAAUAGUUGAUACAGGGCAAAUAGAUCCAAUACAGAAACGUCAUGAAACAGCAUCAAUGCUG